UUUAUUCCCCCGGGCGAAAACCAGGGGAAACAGUGUCGAGUGUCGUAGCAUCAGCGAUCAUGAAGUGCCUGCUCGUCGUCGUCGUCGUCAGCGUGAUCUGCCUGUUUGGACUGUCUGUCCUCGGUGCUCCGUCAGAGUUCAGUUCCUCCCAUGAGAACCUUCGAGAGAAACGCAGUCCACAGAAUGAACGACCGCCGCUGCCAUGCGAUCCAAACGAUCAAUUUCCCUGUGAACCACCACCAAUGCUAGACCACAGACCACCGAUGGAAAUGUCCUCUUCUGCUGGAUUUACGAGUACUAUGAGGAGCAAGAGGGCUGCACACAUGCCUGCGCCUCCUCCAGGAGGACAGGGACCACCUGGCGGUGGUGGCAUGGGUGGCGGUAUGGGUAGUUCCAUGGGUGGUGCCAUGGGUGGUGCCAUGGGUGGCGCGGCUGAUGCCAUGGUUGGCGCGGCUGCUGGCGCGGCUGAUGCCAUGGCUAACGGUAUGAAAAAUCUGGCGAGUAACGCGGCAAGUGCCAUGGGUAACAUGCGCAAACAGAUGGAGAACUAUGGAUAAACCGAGCUGUAGAUACCAUAUUAUAGCUGUAAAAUUUGCGGAGAGAUAGCGUAGAAAUGGUCAAGGUUCGUAGUUUAAGUA